CGUCUGACUGCUCUGCUCUUGAAUCGAUGUCGAGUCGUUCUGACAUGAGCUGCCUCUUGUUCACGGCCAAAGCCACAGUCAAGAGCCAAUGCGAGUGAUGCUUAUGCAUGCACGAGGGAUGCUGGAGGACUUGCGAAAGCAGCUAUAAGGUUCGGGAAUCUAUAAAAGCAGGCACUCUCCUCGUCCCAAGCGCUUGAAUGAUUAUUCUCAUAGCAUAAAAUUCAACUUACGACCAUCACCAAGAUUAUUAGCGAGUGAAAUUUGCGAGACACAACUUCUACCCAUCAUGACUUCCGCAGAGGCAUUCAAAGAGCUCCCCAGGGACGUUGCUGCGGUCGAUGUCAAGGGCAAGACUUACGUGUUCUUUGUCAACUCGAAUCACCAGCUCUGCUACCUCCUUUCUCCUGGGGCGGGAACCGACGACUAUGACCCUCAAGUCGUCAAGCUCACAGACGGAGACCUGAAGGUCAAGUGCGGUAGCAGACAAAUCGCCGCGGUGGCUUGGCAGGGCGCAAACGGCCAAGAAAUCCGCAUCUACUGCAUUGCUCCUGAAAAGGGGGAAUGUGAGAAUAAAGGUUAUAUCCAAGAGGUUUCCUUCAGCUCUAGCACUGGAUGGGAGCAUGGCCUACUUGGCUACAAGGAGGAAGGGAGGCCUUACGUUGACAACGACGCCUCACUAACAGCCUGUGUUCAUAACUGGCCCGACAAGACGGAUAUUAAGGUUUUUGCCUCGGGAAAGGGCGGAAAUGGACUCCCCAAGAUUACUAUGCAUCAAUACAGCUAUGGGCACAAGAAGUGGCUGGGUAAGGUUAUCAGUAACAAUGUCUCGGAUUGGUAGGGGCUUGGCGGGGGAGGUACUGGCGUGUGAAGUCAGAGGUAGUGAUCCAUUGGAGUUGUGGAAUGCCAUUCUUGUGUGUUAGUGUCAGGUUGGCUUACAGAAGAAUGAAUUCUCCACAGGUAGUUGUUGACGAAAUACAUCUCGGAGGACAAAGUUGGGCGCAAGUCUAGAGCGGUAACGCUGAUCGAACUGCUGGUAACUAGAAUCAACAAGCCGACGUGUUUGCACAAACUUAGACAACCGCGAACUUGACUGGACAGCCACGUGUAGUUCAUAAUUAGAACAGUAGAAUCAGA